GUCAAAGUCAUGUGCUAACUUAGCCUAAAAAUUAAAGUUGUAGGUACCGUAAUUAUUGUUUUUGUUUCAUUAUUUAGUUCAUUUAUCUGCCUAUUAAUGCAGUAAAAAUGAAGAAAAAGACUAAUGUACCUCGUCCAAAAUUUCAAAAUACCAGAAAAGCUUUAAGGAAGGAAAAACGAAUACAGAAAAAGAAACGUCGACAAGAACAUUCUAUUAAGAAGAAAAAUGAGAUUAAUUCUCCAGGAAAAUUUGUAAGACCCUCAGACUAUUCUGAUCCAAAACCUCCUGUCAAAUACUUUCAGAAAAAGAAAAUAGUCAACCAAUCAUCAGCUCAGGAGAUCUUAAUGAGACAAAGUAACAAAGUUAAGAAGGAAGCCAAUAAAUUGCAAUCACAAAUGGACAAGCAAAGGAGAAAAAUGUUUCUAAAGGCAAAUGAAGAUGAAGAUAAAAUAAUCAAAAAGUUAGAGAAACAACUUGGCCUGAAUAAAACUAAGAAUAAAAAUAACUUUUUUGCUGAUGAUGGACUAGACUAUUUACUAGAAAUUUGUGAUAGAGCAACAUCAGAACAAAUAGUUGCUGCAGAAAAACAUUUGGCUGAUGUUGAAAAGGAUUCUGACUUUGAAGAAGAUUUGGCUAUGGUAACAGGAAAAGAAAAACUGAAAAAAGAUAAGAAAGAGUCAAAAAGUAAACAGGCUCCCAGUGAAUAUGAAUCAGAAAAUGAUGAUAUUGAUGAUGAUGAUGAAAGUGCUGAUGAUGAAGAUUUGGAGGGAAGUGAUAAUGAAGAAACUGGAGACUUAGAUGAUAGUUGUGAUGAAUAUAGUGGUAGUGAUGAUGACUUGGAUGAUAUGGAUGAGGAAGAAGAUGAACCAUCUGAUGAAGAUGAGAAACCUACAAAGAUAUCAAAGAAAGAUAAAAAAGCUACAGAACCAAUAAUUAAAAAAGGUGGUAAAGAGAAAAUAAUCUCUCAGGAUGACAUCAGUAAAGUAUUUAGUGAAGAUGAAAUAUCACAUCUAUCAGGUUUGGAUGGAUUUUCUGAUGAUGGUGAUGAACCUGUUGAGAAGCAAGAAGCUGAAAAACCAAAUGUGUGGGAGGAUAUUUAUGGUAGAAAGAGGGACAAAGAAGGAAAUAUUAUCAAGGAAGAGAAAGGUGUUUAUAUACCCCCACAUUUACGCAAUAAGGAUAGUGCCAGUGACAAAGACUUGCUACAACUCAAAAGACAAAUUAAAAGUGUGCUCAACAAGUUAGCAGGCACUAAUCUCCACUGGGCUUGUACAUCUAUUGAGAAUCUCUACGCUAGUAAUAGUCGCAACUCUGUCAACACUGCACUAACGGCGUUGUGGGUGGAGGCAACCAUUGGAGGCUCGGUUACUCCGGAUAGACUGGUCACAGAACAUGCCGCCUUGGUGUCUGUGUUGCAUGCUAAUGUUGGAUCUGAGAUAGGAGCCCAUUUCUUAGAACAUUUAUGUCGAAAGUUUGAUGAGAUGAUGCAGAGUCGACAGCCAAUGGAGGACAAGAGACUGGACAACCUUGUUGCCUGCCUAGCUUACUUGUACAGCUUUAAGAUAUACCACCCUCUACUACUAUACGACAUCCUCGGCCGGCUAGUCCAAGAGUUAACAGAGAAGAACAUUGACUGUGUGUUGACGGUGCUACGGGCGGUUGGCGGUGUGCUGCGGAAGGAGGAACCGGCAGCUCUGAAGACAUUCGUACAGGACACACAGGCGAAGGUCGCGGCGCUGAGCGAAACCGCUUCGGCUGGGUCCCGUAUAAAGUUUCUCAUGGAGGUGCUUCUAGCGGUCAAGAACAACAACCUGACGAAAAUCCCGGGCUACGACCCAAUGUACGCUGAGGAGUUGAGGAAAUCUGCCAAGGCGGUAUUAAGGAGGGGAAACUAUGUGACGCCACUGAAUAUACGGCUGGAGGAUUUGUUGAAAGCACACGAGCGCGGUAAAUGGUGGGUGGUAGGUUCAGCGUGGGAGGGCAAUAGGACUAUCGAGGUUAAACCGACAGUCAAGCUGCCCGCCGUGGACCAGAAACUUCUAGAACUCGCUAGAACGAUGAGGAUGAAUACUGACGUUAGACGGAGCAUUUUCUGCGCGAUAAUGUCGGCUGAGGACUAUAUGGACGCGUUCGAGAAAUUGGAGCAUCUUGGUCUGCGCGCGCAGCAGCAGCGCGAGAUCGCCCACGUGCUGCUCGCGUGCUGCCUGCGCGAGCGCACCCACAACCCCUACUACGCCGUGCUGGCGGCCCGGCUGUGCGCGCACCGCCCUCACCAGCUUGCUUUCCAAUUCUCCGUGUGGGACAAGAUCAAAGAUCUGGAAAAUAUACCAACGCAGGGCCGCGCUAAUCUGGCUCAAUUCCUCACGCAUCUGUUUAUGGAGAAGUGUCUUCCUCUCUCUAUUUUGAAGAUAAUCCAAUUCUCAGACCUGAACAAAACGACGGUGAAGUUUAUGCGUCAAAUACUCCUAGCCAUCAUCAUGAAUGCUGACCUCCAGGCUUCAUUGGAGGUGUUCCAUAGAAUAUCAAAGCCGCCAAAACUACACAUGUUCAGAGAAAGCUUAAGAUUAUUUAUACAACACUUCUUAAUAAAGAAUGCUGGCAAGAAAAACAACGUGCUCACCGAGAAAGAAAUGGUAACACUGAAAGAUAGGGCCGUCGAAGUGGACAAAAUAUUAACAAUGCACGAAAAUAAAUUGAGACUGUAAAUAAAGUGUUCAUAACUUUGUAAA